AUGACGGAGCUAGACUUCUCAUACUGUGGAAAAUUUUCAGGGGAGAAUGGACAGUUCGUAAACCACUGGCUUCCCAUGCUGGAAUGGGCACUGAGACGAUAUAAGGUGGAUGGAGAAGUCUCACCGGAGAUUCUCCUCCCAGCAAUUAAUAUCCUUCUUAUCGGACAAGCUGAAGAAUGGGUACAGCAGAAUCCAGCGAUUGCCGAGCUCCUCGAGAACCCUACUGUGGACAGCAAGAAAACAUUCCUGGAAGCUUUUAGGAAACAAUUUCCGCAACGGUUCACCGGAUUGUACCCUGGAGGACUGAGGCUUUCACAGAGGAAGCAAGAGACUCUUGCAGAUUAUUAUCAGACUGGGUUGAAGGUAAUGGGGACCAUGCAUAUCCUGGACCAUGUGGUAAAAGAUGGAGUUUUGUGGUGGCGGCAGAAUUCACUUGUGCUCGAUGCCUUUGUCGACAACUGGAUCCAUGGAAUCGCUAAGGCUGGGACCAGGAGUCGGCUUACUGAGGUCAAGAGUGAGCUUACUACUCUGAAGAAGGCUUAUCAGAUGGCGGUUGAUAUCGAAAAAGCAGAAAAGGGAAUUGAAAUAAAUAGUUGA